AUGGCGCAGCCGUCUUUCGUCACAUCCGCGCUGGAGAUCACCGGAGAUGUCGUCGAGCUUCCACGAACCCACGCGAUUGUGCGAGCAGUACCAAUCUCACAGGUUGGCAACUCCAUCAGCAUGCCAGGAGACCGAGACUGGAAGUAUGCAAACAUCAUGUCACAGAAGGUCAACGAUGUACAGAAGAUUCAAAACCCUCCUGAUGACAUUGCUCUACAUUGCAAGGAUGGAGAGGUUCAGAUGACAUUAUACAUCACAUGGGAUAUGUCUUGGUCAGAUAUUCUCGACCUCCUUAAACAGAAGUUCCAUCGCGCUUGCGUGUUUUCGUAUUAUGACCGAACGUCAAGGACAGAAUUUCUGAUCAACAGCGAAGACGACUUCGACUUCUUUUGCAGCAAGAUAGAGAAAUUCGGGGAGGCUACGGUACACAUCAAAAAUGCAACAUUCAUGCCGUCAGAUUUUGUCACUGAUCAAUUCCUUGUACCUUCACAACCCUUCGAAGAGGAAUCGUCACAAACAAACACAUCCGAACUCGAAAUUGGAGAUGGUCUGCUUGAAGAAAAGAUGUCAUUCCAUCGGAGAUCAUGGUUUUCAAGAUUUAGUGACUGUCCAAUACCUCUCGUCUACAUGAUUCUCUUCGGGGGAUCUGGUUUCGUCUUGUCGGUCCUGGCUGUUGUGUUGGGUUACAUGUUCGACUUCAACAACGUCGCUGCCAUCGCUGUAGCUCUGCCAUGCAAUAUCUUCUUUCUAAGUUUCUGGGUGAAAGAGGUCGAAUCGGGAUUUGCUUUUCUGUUUCGUUUGGGUGUAGGAUUUCUAGGAUUUUACAGCUCUUUGGUCGCUAUGGUCUCAUUUGGGAUUACCAAGCAAUUCUUCGUGUUGGCCAUUUGCUUCCUGUACCUUCUUUCUUGCUUUUGGUAUGUCGAGAUUUGUAUAAGAGCUCUCGGAUGGGAGAGCUGGUUUCAAGGGAUUAGAAACCUGUAUAAUUGGGUCAUUGGGGGAUGUACAUUAGUCGGAUUUCGGCAACCAGAAGACGUCGAGGAGAUUCAAAUCCUUGGGGAACCUCCACCGCCGUCGAUCUUCAAUGCAUUUCAAACAGUUGAAGAGCGAUUUCCCGGCGCUCAGUGGAUCAGACCGAAAGUUGGCCAAAGAGUGAAACAUAUUGGAACCUGCCUUGCAAAUUUGUCUGAAAAGAUGAGCCCGUUGGGGCCAUGGGAAGAAGGAAUCAUAGAAAAGAAACUAGCACGACAGCUACGAAAGUGGUUGGUCCGUCUAGGAAACAAAACAGACGCUGACUUCAAGAAGUUCUCAACUCUUCCUUGGGGCACUGUGACAUAUGUCGGUUCGAUUGGCAUCAAAGUAGAGUGGGACAUUGAAACGAUUCCUGGCAUCAAGGAUGCGGGAUAUUAUGCUGAUGGAGAGGAUGGAUUCUAUGAGUUGGUUCUGUAUCAAGAGGACGAUACUGCCAAAGAUGAGCUGUACGAGGACGGAACUAGAAUUCACUCUGGGGGAAGUCGUGUCACGUCGGUGACAACUUUUCUUCUCUACUUUUCGAGACGAUUUUGUAUGCUGUUUUGGUAUUGGCUGGCUUUCUUUGCAUACUUCGGACUGCUGUAUGCUCUUGAAUACAGUCUCACGCGCUACGCUGUCUUUCAAGCAAUGGGAGGAGUGCAAUACGUAGCGAAAGGGCAGAUGUUGAACGCGCGGCCUGGAAACAAUGUCAACCUUCAUAUGUACUGCAAAGGACCAGCAAUACUCUCUGAUUAUGAUGGAAGACCUGCGAUCGUGACAGAGGCCAUGGAAGGAAUCGGCCAAGGAAUCUCAAUGGCUCGACUGCAAGAUUAUGUCACCACUAAAGGAAUCUGCUGCGUGUAUGAUAGAGUAGGAUUUGGCGAUGCCAACAACCCAGGGGUAUAUCUUAUCGCCUCAGCAGAAAUUAUUGAGUCCCUUCUGGAUGAACUUGUGUUUGAGAUUUCUUCAACCCAUGGGUUUGCGCCAGACAUCAUGCUCGGCGAUAGCACUGGAUGCGUUGUGAACAAUUGUGAUGAAUAUACUGCGAUGGAGAAUGCGUUUGAGAUCAACUCUGCGGUUUUGGACAUAUACAAUAUGCUUGGAUAUCGAGUGAAUAUUUCGAGCACACAAUGGAAAAUCCGAAUGGCUGGAAUCGCAUCCAAUUUCUCCGAAGCAAAGUUCAAGGAUGACCUCGGCGUCGUUCUCCGUCAAAUAACAAGUGAGUUCAUUUUCGUCACAAGCCCUGUCCAAGUCAUUCGUCCCAACGUCGGUGCUACAGUGCCGACUCCUCCAGCAAACAAGGAUCAAUACGUCGGGUUUUCGGGCACGGAGUUUGGAACUCCGAAUUACGUGCCCAUUAAGAAUUUGGGGACGUUUGAAGUCGAAGUCUAUUUCUAUGGACACAAGCAACUGACUGUAGAAUGGGCUACAGGGAAUUUGAAUGGAAAUCAAAAUGCCUUGGAUACUACAGCAUUGUCCAGACGAACAGUGUUCUUGCAUCAAUGGCAGGUCCUGGAAAUACAAGAGAAAAGCUGCAUUACAGUGUCAAAUCUAUCUUGUUCGUUCCAGAACAUUGAUAUCUUCUCCUCAACGUUUGCUCUUCCCAUCUAUGGAUGCCCUCAAAACUCGUACAAGACUGGUAGCUUUUGUACAGCUUGCCCCAUCUCAACCACUUCGAUCAGCGGGGCCACGAGUUUGGUUGCAUGCUUCAAAUGUGAUUCUAAUGGGACGUCGCCAACAUCUGGAAUAUAUCAGUACCUGUCCUGUGAUGGAAAGACCUGUCAGAAAUGUCCAGCAGAAACUCUGAGCAGUGAGGGAUCUCUUGGACUGUCAGAUUGCACGCCCAUCCCUGUCAUCACCUUCUGGUUGAAUGGACCGAUCGGAAAUACUUACACCGCCGACAACGUUACUGCACAAGGACUUGGACGGCCAUCUCACAACCCGUUCAACAAGAGCAAGUUUCGAGAGAUGUUGACCCUUGUUGCAAACAUCUCUUACGAUCGAAUAACAUUCCUUGGUGAACCACAAGAAAUCAGCAAUUACCCAGAAUCCCGCUGCGAACAGUUGCGAGGUGCUUGCAUAUUUCAGUUUUCAGUCAUGUUUUAUGCAAGCUCAACGGAGCUUCUCAAGACUUCGGUUGCGAGAGUCACGGGCGAUGAGUGUAAGAAGUAUGACCGAAUCACUUGCGUGUAUCCGGAUGUGAAUGGGACGGCACAGCUCUGGCGAACAAAAAUGAUGUACGAGUAUCAAAUUCUCAAGAUCUUCACAGAAACCAGACAGAGCAAAGCCGCCGGGACUUGUCCCGACAAAUGGAUCGUGGGACCAAAACUCCUCAUUGAUGUGGAUCUUUUCAAGAGCAGCUUUCUUUCUGUCACUUACGCCUGUCCGAAUAAGUACUACCAAUCUUCCAGUGGAUUUUGUGAACCUUGUCCUGACAUGACAACCUCUGAUCAGGGAGCCACUGAUAUCGCUCACUGCAUCCCUUACAACAGCUUCUUUCUCACCGCAAAGGAUGCUUCGCUGACCUACGAUUCUCGGACUAGAAUUGCAUCCGGGGGUCAGACCUCGGCACAGCCAAACGCCUAUGACAUCAACAAGAACCCGGUUUACUACAUCAUUCGCGGAUACUCUCUACAUCCUUACCAGAUAGCCUCGCCUGCGAGCCCUGCGCUUGGGAAUCAGAUAAGCUACUGCUCGAAUCGUUUGAACUGCUUCAACGAGAGCGAGUUUCGUGUGAACCUGAGCACUGUUCUGCAAGGAAAGGUCACGGCCAAUGAGAUUCGUUUGGUCAAAGCAGACUUCUGCAAUUCCACAGAUAUGUACCAGAAACGUCUCUGCGGUCCAUGGCCGGGAGUUGCACCGUACAACAAACAGUGUGUCUGUGCCAACAUAUCAAACUCGUCGAUAUGCUACGAGACCAGGGGAUAUCUCCAUCUUUCUUUGUACAUCGGCAAGACUGCAAAUGUGAACUCACCGUUCCAGUCUAACGUGAAAACAGCAUCUGAUUGUGCACAAAUCUUGCAGACUCCAGACUAUUUGAACUUCAGUGCAAACGCAUUCCUUUACAAUCCUAACUCCUUGACAUGUUGGCCUCGUGUUUUGGAUCUGAAAAGCGAGAAUCUACAUUCGAAUCUCUUCUGCUACUCGAAUAGUCCAGAUUGUCGGGACUUGGUCGCAAACUUUGCACAAGAUAAGGUCGUUGCUGCAGACAAGCUGGCAGGAACUCAGUUGUACUGGAUCAACACUAGCUCCUGUAUGAUGAACAAUUCGUUUGUCCUGGAAGAUUCUUCGAAAUGUGACCUCAAAUCGAAUCUCAAUUCAAACCCGUUGGACAUCCACCACUACAUCAUCAGUCUCCAUGCGGACAACGCAAGUAAUCUGAGAGAUGCUGUGAGCAUCCUGACCUCAGCGGCUGGAAAUGAAAACGAGUUGAAGUAUCAAUUCUUCACGAAUUACGCCAUCUUGCAAGUGAUGGAGGCUGAAGACAAGUCACUUAUCAACGGGACGUCAGCGGAGAGGAGUCUGAUCCAGUCGAACAACUUCGAUCCCCACAUGCCUUACCUAGUAGAGACCACUGCUCUCUGCAACGUUUCUGGUUGGGCUCGAGGUGCUUCUUGUCUGUCGACCGCAUCUGCAAUGGUUUCGUCUGGGUACGCAGCAUGUGUCUUCAACGCGACCCUGCAGAAGGUCGUGCAGGUUUGCCCUGCGGGAUAUGCCGCUAGCUGCGGUGAAGGUUUGCCUCCUGAAUGCAUCAGCCAAAACUCUUCUCAUCGUCAGGCGUCCCUUGCAUUCUUGUUACCCUUCGAUUCCUACGCUAAGCUCUAUUUCAAAAGCAAUGCGCAGCUGAGCCUUUGUCAAGCAGCAACAUGCAAAUACCUACCUGCAGAUGUUCUGCUGACCCGAGUUGAUAUCGGAUGGUCGAGCACAGCAGGUGUGCCGUCUGAGUUAGUUCUGCUGGUGUUUAGCGAUGGAAGCUCUCAAACUCUCAACCUGACGCAUCCGGAUCAAGUCUUCACCUACUACAUCCAGCCGGUGGUCACUCAGUCCCUGUCAAUACAAUCUCCGACGGCGUUGUAUGAUCUUUCCGUAUUUUGGUUGGAGCCUUUCGGACAGCAGUUUUCCGAGACCAGGCAUAAUGAAGCCAUGAAGGUCGCAGACAUCUUACAGCAAGACUUCAUGGCGAGAGAUUACAACUUCUCUUGUCCCCCCACCACCUUCAGAUCAGGAAGAUAUUGCACCGCGUGCCCUUAUCCGCAGGUCAACUUUGGGCCCAACGGCCAUGAGUGCCGUUGCCCUGUAUGCGGCGAUGGUGCAGUGCAAUGGCAGGCGAGGGAGCAGUGUGACGACGGCAACCUGAUCAACAACGAUGGUUGUAGCUCGGAGUGUACCAUCGAGGUCUCGCAAGUCUGUCAGGGCCCCAAGAAUCCUUUCACCUUGGUCGGGAUCCCAUCCGAGUCUUACUACAUCAAAGAUCAGUGCAACCGCCCCGGCGCCUUCUGGACGGACUUCGGCACUGCGUCGUUUGCGCCGCGUUUCGGACUGACGGCAACCUAUCACCGCAACUACACGUGGAUCUUCGGAGGUGAUGCCGCUGGUUCUAUCGCUCCCUCCCCUCCUGACCCGUUUGCAGGCAUCGGCUCCAACUUCGCCAACUUCUACAACGACAUCUGGAUCAUGAACGAGACGGACCUCUGCGUCCCCAGGAAAGAGUCUCAGUCUUGCGCGAAUGCCGGGCCCAACGGAGGCUCUCCGGUGAUCUAUCACAAGAUCACAUCGAUAGGCGACACACAACCCAGCGCGCGGGGCCUGCACGGAAUGAUCUCCUUCAAGGGGAAGCUGUAUCUUAUCGGGGGAGCGAUAGCCAACAACGAACAACAGAGAAAUCUGAAUCAAAGUUUUGAUGAUGUAUUUCAAUCGGACGGAGUGCCGUCAACAGGAGGAACUGUCACCUGGACGCGUGUUGGACGCCUUCCGCAGGCUCGAUGUAUGUUCAGCCUCAUUGAGUUCAACAACACCAUCGUCAUCAUGGGAGGAUUGUACGUGACAACUGCAGGAGGCCUCGUUGCUAACCCGAUCAGCAACGUGCUGGCGGCGGACCUGCGAGACCCGCAGUUCGGCAGGUCCUGGGCCCUCCUGACAGAAACGGCGAGAUGGGGGCAGCGAUACGGUCACACGGUGACGAUCCGGGAGAAUCUGCUCUACCUGUUUGGGGGGAUCGUGGGUAAGAACGCGAUGAACGACGUCUGGAGGUCUGCAGAUGGAAUCACUUGGAUACAGCUGACGUCGUCAACGAGAUGGGGACGACGAGGGCUGCUGUCAAGCAUCUACUACAAGCAGAGCUUGUGGGUGCUUGGAGGGUUCAACAGCACCAUGAGCUCGACGAUAGAACCCAACAAGUUCUACAGCGACGUCUGGGUGUCGACGGGGCUGGAGAAGAGAGCCGAUGGCUCGUUGGCUGAUCCUGGUGAGAUUUGGCAGCCGGCGACUGAGAACGCAGCGUGGUUGAAACGGGGAGCCUUCGCCCUAGCGGUGUACGAGAAAGGAGCGACAAACAACCUCUGGCUGUUUGGCGGGAUGGACUCGCUGAUACAGGGACGUAGCGACAGCUUCCGGGCAUAUGUGUUGUAG